AUGGAUGUCGCGUACCGGAGGAAGUUGUUGUAGUUUCUCAAUUUGUUGUGAUACUGUUUAUGUUUUAUCUUGUAAUCGAUUUUUAUUAGAUUUCGCGUACCGAUUGAGGGCGCAUUUUAUUAUGACUGAUCAUGGGAAGCGUGUCACUUGCCCAUAGUUGUUGCUUAAUUUCUUCAAUUUGGUAAUACGAGCCCAAUGACAAACAGAAGGGUUUGGUGUGUUGAUCAACAGAGGCAAGUAUCUUCCAGUGAUUGGCGAGGAUUUUACAUUGGUGUGCACGUACACACUACAAGCCAGAAAUAUGGAGAUCACGUGGCAGAAGGAUGGUGAAUCACUGGCAACAUGUGAUUGUAGGGAAGAUCGGUCCUGUGGGUUUACUGUUCUAGACCAAUGGAAAUUCAGCUUGGUGGCAGACGACUCCAGUGCUAAUCUUACGAUAAAACAACUGGUUGGUGAAGAUAGCGGCCAUUACAAAUGUUCUGUUCGCCAAACUGCCUUUCCCUACAUUACAGUAUCAAGGAGCGUGCUCGUAACACCAUUACUACCAGCUUCGCCUUCAGUAAUCAUAGUUACCGAUAGAUCAAGCCGUCUUUGCUCCGAUAACUCCACUAGAACGAUACUGGCCGGGGAGCCAAAUGUGCUAACAUGUACAGCAUCGCAAGCAAGACCUCCUGCAAUCCUUAACUGGAUUGUACCAGAUGAUCUUACUUCCAACCAACAAGAUCAGACCGAUGUCGUUAAAGGCAACAGCUACACGUCUCAAAAGGUUGUUACAAUCACGCCCUCUGUGAAUGAUCAAGGAAAGCACAUCAGCUGCUUUGCGUCACACCAAACACUCCAGAGUGAUCGUCAGUGUAUUGUAUUCCUAAAUGUUCACGUUCUUCCAUCUAGCACGACAAUCUUUCAAUCUGGAAAUGGCAAAGACUACCGGACAUCACCAACAUUUAUUUAUGUUCAAGAAGGUUCUUCGGCUUCAAUCACCUGUCAAAGUAUUCGAUCACGACCGGCAGUUAAACUGACAUGGAGCAUUGACGACCCUGAUAUUCCUCCUAGAAAUGAAAGUCUGUCGAAGACUCAAAAUCCUGUAGACGGCAGUCUGUUUGAUACCAAAAGUACUUUCAAGUUGCAUCUGUAUAGGAAGUAUCAAGGGUUGAUUCUCUGGUGCUAUGUUUAUCUAGGUGAAGAUUUUGUCGAACGACAGUUUGUUACAAUAUCAACAUAUGCACCACCGGAUGAGGUCGUUAUGACUUUACCUGCUGAAUUAAAAGAAGGGAUAGAAGCCACCGUGAUCUGCAAGGUUGCCAAUGGGUACCCAGCUCCUUGCAUUUAUUGGUACAUAGGAUCAAGAAAUGUGACAGGUCAUUCAUCCCUGAAUAUUAGUGAAAAUGAUGCAGGUCGAUAUGACGCUGAAAGUACUUUGACUUUCAUACCAAAGAGGUUGGACCAUGGGAAACAUCUCCUAUGCCUGGCAGUUCUACCUACAUUAUCCACCACUUGGUCUGUGAAUGAUAGCAUGGUUUUAUACAUAACAGCAGUGAGACCCGAUUCACCUUCUUGGUUCAUAGUCAAUCAAAACCAGACGACAUCUUCGACUAUCCUCGCAGCCUGAGAACCUAGGUGCGUCAGAGCUGGACAUGCAUAAAUAAUGUCGGUAGGUCGAAUCAGCUUUCAUUUUAUUUCAUUUUAUUGGCAUAUUUCACAAAAUGGAUAACAGAAUAUCAACACAAUGAAAACCAAUGCAUUUGAUAGUAAUGCUAAAGAAUUCCGGGGGGUAAAAUAAUGAAUUUCAUUCAUUCAUUCCGGUUUAUUGUACAAAAUACUUCCUUGUUAAAACAGUUGGGAGACUGAUACACACGAAGAUUACAAUGUAUACAUAAAUUUCAUUGUUACAUAAGUGAAAUGAAGUAGUCAAAUAAUAUAACGUAACAAUUAAUUGAUUGACGUUGGUAUAUUGCACUUUCAAGGUAAUUCUAGAUGUGAGCACGUUACAAAUUUAUUUCCAAAGAUAUUUAUAAAAGCUAUAAUA